CCGCUGGCCGCUGGAGCGCUCGCUGGCUGCCGGAGGAGGCGGCGGCGGGAGCGGAGGGAGCGCGCGGCCCGGGAACUCGCAUUCCCCGGCCCCCUCCGCCCCACGCGGCCCGGCCAUGGACGCCAGGUGGUGGACACUGGUGGUGCUGGCCGCGCUCCCCUCUCUGGGGGCAGGUGGGGAGACUCCUGAAGCCCCUCGGGAGUCCUGGACCCAGCUGUGGUUCUUCCGCUUCUUGGUGAAUGCUGCUGGCUAUGCCAGUUUUAUGGUACCUGGCUACCUUCUGGUGCAGUACUUCAGGCGGAAGAACUACCUGGAGACAGGCAGGGGUCUCUGCUUCCCCUUGGUGAAAGCCUGUGUGUUUGGCAGUGAGCCCAAAGCCUCUGAUGAGGUUCCCCUGGCUCCCCGGACAGAGACAGCAGAGACAACCCCUUCUUGGCAGGCCCUGAAGCUGCUCUUCUGUGCCUCAGGGCUCCAGGCGUCUUACCUGACUUGGGGGGUGCUACAGGAAAGAGUAAUGACCCGCAGCUAUGGGGCCACAGCUUCAUCACCAGGUGAGCGCUUCACAGAUUCGCAGUUCCUGGUGCUAAUGAAUCGCGUGCUGGCACUGAUCGUGGCUGGCCUCUACUGUGUCCUCUGCAAGCAGCCCCGUCACGGGGCACCCAUGUACCGGUAUUCCUUUGCCAGCCUGUCCAACGUGCUUAGCAGCUGGUGCCAAUAUGAAGCGCUCAAGUUUGUCAGCUUCCCCACCCAGGUGCUGGCCAAAGCCUCCAAGGUGAUUCCGGUCAUGCUGAUGGGAAAACUGGUGUCUCGGCGCAGCUAUGAACACUGGGAGUACCUGACAGCUGGCCUCAUCUCAGUUGGGGUCAGCAUGUUUCUGCUGUCCAGCGGACCAGAGCCCCGCAGCUCCCCGGCCACUACUCUCUCAGGCCUCAUCUUACUGGCAGGCUACAUCGCUUUCGACAGCUUCACUUCAAACUGGCAAGAUGCCCUGUUUGCCUAUAAGAUGUCAUCGGUGCAGAUGAUGUUUGGGGUCAAUUUCUUCUCCUGCCUCUUCACAGUUGGCUCGCUGUUAGAGCAGGGGGCCCUCCUGGAGGGGACCCGCUUCAUGGGGCGACAUAGUGAGUUUGCUGCCCAUGCCCUGCUGCUCUCUGUCUGCUCCGCGUGUGGCCAGCUCUUCAUCUUCUAUACCAUCGGGCAGUUUGGGGCUGCUGUCUUCACCAUCAUCAUGACACUCCGCCAGGCCAUUGCCAUUCUCCUCUCCUGCCUCCUGUACGGACACACUGUCACUGUGGUGGGGGGACUGGGGGUGGCUGUGGUCUUUGCUGCCCUCUUGCUCAGAGUCUAUGCCCGGGGCCGUCAAAAACAACGGGGAAAGAAGGCUGUGCCCAUUGAGACUCCUGUACAGAAGGUCUGACUGAAGCGAGGUCCCUCACCACCAGUGUUCUACGCUUCUCCUACCGAACCUCUGGCUCAAGGGCAGAACAUGGGUUUUCUCAGUAUCAGGACCAGCUCUGCAGCUGGGGGUGGGAGCCCAGGAGGCAGCCUUCGCUUUUGCCUUAAAGACAACCCCUCCCCACUCUCCAGGAGGCUAGGGUAGCGGUGACAGUAUGGAGGGAGGAUGCCAAGUGGGCCAAGGUACCUAACAGGGCUCUUACCCCAUCAAGCUCCCUUUAGUGUUGGCCUAGCUGUUGCCUCUGCCACCAGCACCUCCCCCUGUGCUUGUCCCCUUACACAAACUCCCAGGCACUGCACUUCUUACUCUGGGAGAGAAGCACAACUGUAGGUCCCAAAUGCUGCUUCCCCAGGAGGCAAGUGAGGAUGGUGCUGUGCUAGGGAAGGGGCAGCCCCACCCAACAGCUCUGCUUUAUGAGCCAACUGCAGGUUUUGGUACUUUGGAAACAUCACUUUUUGCUUUAUUUUAUUAAAUGUGCUGCAAGACUUGGUUGUGAUUUGGUUGGUCUUUAGGGGAGUGACUUGUCAGCUGGGUAUCUAUGGACCUUGACCUAGCAAGCU